CCGUAACUGUCAGUUUUGACUUGACAGUUGUACAUGUGUUUAUUUUAAUUUGAUGUGAAUAUUGUGUUAUCAAUGAAUUAAUUUCUGAUUUAUGUGACAAAACAAAUAAGUUUGUUAUUUUCGAAAGCGUUAUAUUGCUAUAAAUUAUAUCACUUCGAAUAUUUAUUAGAGACAUCUUCCGUGUCCAUCUUGGUCGUUUAAAUCUUUCAAUUCUUCACUGAAAAUCAAAUAGACACGCAAUUAUGGACGAAGUAUUAGAUCAAUUAAAUAAAACUAGUUUUAUUGACCUGUACAAGCAAAAAGGGGACAAUCAAGAACAGAGGAGAAAAGAUCUUCUUGAUGCUCAGAAAUCGCUGCGGAACAAUUUAGUGGACACAUGUAGAGGAAUAUUGGCAUUAGUAGAUGCAGCAGAAAACAAUGACUGCUUUCAAGAAAAAAAGGCUUUGUAUAAACCAAAGAUCUUUGUAGCUGGUUUCACGCGGUGUGCGUACAGCAAUGUUCUAAUGUUGUCCGAGUGGAUGGUUGAACAACCAGAAGAUUUCCACGAAAAUUGGUAUGUAGUACCAUGUCCGAAAGGAGUUAGGACACUUGUUGUGGCUAAUAGAGGUACAACAAAACUAUAUUCGAAGUAUGGUCAGUUUAGGGGUGAAUACAAAACAGCAUUGCCUGGUGGUUCUGGAGCAUUAAAGAACCGAUGCUGUAUCCUGGACUGUUUUCAGCCUGAAAACUCAAAUAUUAUGUAUGUUUUGGACCUACUGGCUUGGAAUACUCAGCCAAUGACUGACGGAGAGACGGAAUUUAGACAUUUUUGGAUGGAAAGCCACUUCCGUGACAUACCGGAAUUAGAGAGGAUAUCUAAGAAAAAUAAAUUAAUAUUCAAAAUAUUACCAAAAGUAUUGUGCACUCGGGAGAAUUUUAAUGAAUUCAUGAUGAAAGCACCACACUUUCCAAACUUCAACCCACCACUGGAUGGUCUGCUGUUCUACCAUAAGCUUGCUCAUUAUUACUCCGGAGAAACACCACUGGUCGGCUGGAUCUACCCUUAUAUGGUGCCAGAAGUUUUUGGAAAAGAUAUACAGAUAAAUCCAGUCUACAACUUGGAGAAACCUGUUAACUACGUGAACCAAGCGGAGUUCAUAGCUCGUUUUAAUGAGACGUAUAGAAAAAGGACAAAGAAAUUUCGAAAUUCUGAACUACCAAUGGAAACUGCGCCUUCUUUACCGUCUGGUGAGAAGGAAAAUGACAAUACAAACUCUGAACCCCAACCAAUGGACCAAUUAGCCCCAACAGAAAAGAGUGCAUCUGAAUGUGAAUCUAAUAUGGAGUAAGAAUAAGAACCAAAAAGGUUUGUGUUAAGUUUAUUGAAAUGUGUUUUAAGCUAUUCUUUAGAUUUUCCUAAAGGAGUCUCGAGUGUUAAGUAGAUGUACUAGUCUUUAAGUAUAUGAUGUGUCUUGUGAGGAACUGUUAGGGGCGAAUUUACUGUGUGGUUUUUUGAACGAUGACAUAAUGGUGUUUUAAAAAUAUCAUUAAACUAGCUUCUGCACGCGAUUUCGCCCGCGUUCUCGUGGGAUGAACAAGUAGUCUAUGUUUUAUACCGGACCAUAUUCCAAUCCCUGUUCCAAAUUUCAACACGAUUCCUUUAGCUGUUUUGACUUAAUUAAGUUACAAGCUCACACACAAACUUUCGUAUUUAUAAUAUUAGUAAGAUGUCCUAUUUUUUUUUUUUUUUGAAGAACUCUACCUAGGCUGAUAGACUGAUACCAGCUGGCAAUUAUUAUAAUAUGUUUAGUAUAUUUUGGUUUAAAGAUCUUUGAUACCAAAUAGAAGUCUCUAUUAUAUCUUAAGACGAGGCACAAAACAUUAGCCAUGGAGAUCUAAAACGACACUAGCGCCACCAGGCUAUAUGUCCAAAAAAAGUUUUUCAUAAUAGUUCUUGUUUAUUACACUGAAUUGUUUAUUUAUGUACACACAUACAACACAAAGGACAACACAUACAUAAAAACAAAGUACAUAGGUCC